AUGACAGAACCCGGCGAAGAGCCUGUCGUGAAGAUCGAGACCGGUGAACCGACGGUUAUCGCGAAGAUUAAUUACCCUGACUUUGAUCCGGACGAUGUCGAUACUUGGUUCAUUUGCCUGGAAGCCGCGUUUAGUAUAAACCAGGUCAAACACGACAAGCAAAAGUUUUACGCAGUGAUAGUGGCUCUUGGACCACGUGCAAAAUUUUUUCAUUCCGCCAUCGCGAAAUGUAACGAUUCCUCGAACAAUGAUCGGUUCGAAACAAUAAAAGCCGCUGUCGUUGCACAUUUUCGGCCAUCUGAAACACAACGUUUAACCAGUCUGUUCUCUGGAAUGACGCUUGGUGACCAGAAGCCAACUGUUCUAUUGUCUGAAAUGAAACGUUCGGAUGGUGACGGUUGUACGGACACAGUGCUUUCGAAUUUGUGGUUACGCGCGUUGCCCAGUACCGUCCGAUCGAUCAUCGCUUCGAUGCCAACCGCCACACUCGAAAAACGAGCGGAAGUUGCCGAUAAAAUAAUGGAGGCACCGCGCAAUGAAGUUGCAGCGAUUCGUAUUGAAGCACUCACCCGCCGUUUCGACGAAGUUCUUUCGCAAAAUUCCCGACGGCGAGGACGUUCUGCAAGUCGUCAAAAAUCCCGUUCGCCUGGACGACGCGAUGCGACCCCAUCGCGUUCAAAUGGAACUCGCCGUUGGAUUUGCCGGUUCCACUACCGCCAUGGGGUCCAGGCCCGUAAGUGUGAAAAGCAAAAAGGCCUUCGUCGUUCUUUUGUUUGGGUUUUCACCGUCGCCGAUGUCAAAUCACCCAUCAUCGGCGCGGAUUUCUUGAAGCAUUACGGUCUGUUGGUGGACCUGAAGCGCAAAAAAUUGAUUGACAAUCAAACCCGCCUGGAAAUCAGAAACAUCAACGCCGUCUCCGAACCCACCAUAACCACUUUCGACGUGAACUCACCGUUUGCUGACAUCCUGAAGGAGUACCAAGACAUCACCAUUCUAAACAUGAACCACCGUCCCACGAAAGCGAAAACCGUCCAUCAAAUUAUUACCACUGGUCAGCCUGUAUUUUCUCGUCCGCGACGUUUGCCGAUCGAUAAGCUGAAUGAAGCGAGAGCGGAGUUCAGGUUUUUAAUGGAGCAAGGUAUCUGCCAACCUUCCAAAAGUUCUUGGGCCAGCCCUCUACACAUGGUCAAGAAGUCUAACGGAAAAUGGCGUCCUUGCGGGGAUUACAGAGGUCUCAAUGCGAUCACGGUUCCCGAUCGGUAUUCCAUUCCGCACAUUCAGGAUUUUUCCAACAUCCUCCACAACAGAAAUAUUUUUUCGUGCAUCGAUCUGCAGCGGGCCUACCACCAAAUACCUGUGGCACCAGAAGAUAUCCCAAAAACUGGCAUUACCACGCCAUUUGGCUUGUUGGAAUUUAGGUUCAUGACAUUCGGACUCCGGAAUGCAGGGCAAACGCUGCAGAGGCAUCUCCACGACAUUUUAGGCGAUUUUGACUUCGUUUUCCCAUACGUUGAUGAUCUUUGUAUCGCGUCCGAUGACAUCGAACAACACAAAAAGCAUCUUCGCUUGGUGUUCGAUCGGCCGAGAGAGAACGGACUCACCGUCAAUGCCGGCAACAAGGUUGAAGCCAUCAUUAAUUUUCCACGGCCAGUGGUAGCGAAGCAGCUGAAACGGUUCCUGGGGACAAUCAAUUUCUACCGCCGUUUCAUUCCGCGCGCCGCAUUGAACCAACAAAUUCUCCAGGCGAUGAUCCAAGGCAAUGUUCGAAAUGACAAAACACCUUUAAAGUGGGACGACAUAACAAUAGCCGCCUUCCAGCAAUGCAAACAGGACCUGGCAAACGUAACUCUUCUCGCGCAUCCGUGUUGUGAUGCCAAGUUAGCACUGGCAGUCGACGCAUCCGGAACCGCAAUCGGAGCGGUGUUGCACCAAAUAACCGAAAAAGGCUGUCAACCUCUCUCGUACUUCUCUCGUAAGCUGAGCGUUAGCAACGAGUACACAACGGAUAUUCGCCAUAUACCUGGCGAAGAAAACCGAGUUGCCGACAUGCUGAGCCGCAUCGAAGCCAUCUCUAACACCAACGAAGCCAUCGAUUUCGAGCUGAUGGCCAAACAGCAGCGAGACGAUACCGAGCUCCAGUCGUUCCUCAACGAUCCACCCACCAAUACUACGUUGGCACUUAAGGCACUCCAGUCUCCGUUGUUAACAAUCCCGAUGUAUUGCGACAUCUCUACUCCUGCGAUCCGACCGUUCGUGCCCAAGAAUUUUCGGAGGCAGGUCAUCCUGAAGUUCCAUAGCGCAUCUCAUCCUGGUGUUCGUGCGACCACUCGUCUCGUGACGGACCGUUACGUGUGGCCUUCGGUGCGACGCGAUUGUAAAAGCUUCGUCAAUCGUUGCAUCUCCUGCCAGAAAUCGAAAGUCAUUCGUCACAACAGAGCACCAAUUAUCCAGAUCGCCACACCUGAUGAUAGAUUCUCACACAUCCAUAUGGAUUUGAUCGGACCAUUACCACCAUCGGACGGGAACGCGUAUUGUCUAACGAUGAUCGACAAGUUUACGCGUUGGCCCGAAUUCGAGUCUGAACUUUUCCAAGAACUGUCCAAUCUGCUCGGUGUCAGCCACUUGAAAACAACGCCUUACCAUCCCCAAGCAAAUGGGCAAAUAGAACGGUGCCACCGACAGCUUAAGGCCGCAAUCAUGUGCCACCAAAACCCAAUCGUACCUAUCGUACUCCUCGGAGUGAGAACCGCCCUCAAGGAAGACCUUAAUCAUCCGUCGCAGAAGCAACCUAUGGAACCACCCUACGACUCCCCGGGGAAUUCUUUUCCGAAACUACCAGCAAGGCUAUAG